GCGUCAACAUAGUAGUAGUCUUCAGCAUGAAGCUCCUCGCCAUCGGCAAGGACGAUGCCAAGAUGCGCUUGGACCGGUGGCUCAAGGUCCACUUCAAGCGACCGCAGAGCUUCUUCCAGCGCCAUCUCCGAGAGAAGCGCAUUGUGCUCGUUGACGUCCUCGACAACACCAAGCACAAGGCCGAUGCUAGCUACAAGCUCAUGGCCGAUGCCAAGUACCGCAUUGGUAUCCAAGCGCAUCUCUACGCCGAGCUAAUCGCGGACGCAUUGCCCGCGCCAACGCCGACGCCGUCGCUUCCACGUCUGCCCGUUUUGUACGAGGACGAUGCCAUCCUCGCCGUCUUCAAGCCCACGAACCUCGCGACGCAGCUCGGUUCCAAGACCCUCGACUCGGUCGCGACGCGCUACCCGCAGUGCAAACUCGUUCACCGUCUCGACAAAGGUACCUCGGGCGUCUUGCUACUCGCCAAGACGCGGCUCGCGGCCGCCGAGCUUGCAGAGAUGUUUCGCACCGAAGAGGUGCACAAGACGUACCUCGCACACGUCACGUGGCCAAGCACCGGUGGUCUGGCCACAGAAGGGGUCAUCGAUCAUCCGUUGGAGGCCAAGCCGGCGCGCACAACCUACCGGCUCUUAGAGCGCGUCGGGCGCACCGCCUUGCUGGAGCUGCAGCCGUCGACCGGACGCAAGCACCAGCUGCGACGCCACUGCGCCGACAUUCUCGGUGCCCCGAUCGACGGCGACCGUCGCUACGGUGGCGCCGCGAGCACCCGCCUAUGGCUGCACGCCAUGCGCGUUCAGUUUUUGCAUCCGCUCACCAAGCGCCCGAUCACGAUCGAAGCACCCUUGCUCGAUGCGCCAUCCAGCACAACGAAAACUUAAUACUAGUCGUCCUGGUAUAUGGAGAGGGUUAGGGUUCGUACUUGCUAGUAGACGCUCGAUGGAUAAUAAAUUUGAAUUGUCGUUG